AUGUCUUAAAUGGAAGAGGAAUACUGUAAUUUAGAGGACGAAGUUGCAUUACUUACUUGUAGCAGAUCUCCUAAGUCUAAAAAAAUAAAAAAAAGUGAUUCUCUUUCUCCAAGAAAGAAUAAUGGUCAUUGGACAAAGGAAGAGCAUGAAAAAUACUUGUAGUUUUUGGAAGAUCAUGCUCAUCUAAAGAAAAACAACAAAAUUUUCAAACCAAUGUCAGAAAUCAUUGGAACUCGUUCUCCUAGUUAAUGCAGAUCUCAUCAUCAAAAGUUUAACCCUUUAUCGCCUUAAGUGCAAAGGAAAUCCGUUAAAUUGAUUAAAAUCAACUCAGAUCUGAAAGUGCAAACUUAAUAGCAGGAGGAAACCAAUGAAACCAUUGAUGAUGAAAAAUAAAUAAAAAAUAAGGUUCGAUUAGUUAUGUAUGAUGAUGAAUUUGCUUAAGAAGACAAUGAGUUUAAUUUAGAUGACUUAAUCUGA